ACAACGCAUAAUUCGCAAACUUUCGUGACGAACGAACGCGUUUUAAACGCUUGUGAAAGAUUACGCUUGUGAAAACCUAAGUAAUGGCGGACGAAAACGAAAACUCGUGUGAUAAGUUCGAUGAUGUGAAGCCGGAUAAGAUGUUUACGCUGAAAAAGUGGAACGCCGUCGCAAUGUGGAGCUGGGACGUAGAGUGUGAUACGUGUGCUAUUUGCCGUGUACAGGUCAUGGAUGCUUGCCUUCGUUGCCAGGCGGAAAGCAAAAAGGACACACUCGGCCGGCAGGACUGUGUUGUCGUGUGGGGUGAAUGUAACCACUCCUUCCAUCACUGUUGCAUGUCGCUGUGGAUAAAGCAAAACAAUAGAUGCCCCUUGUGCCAACAGGAGUGGUCCAUCCAGCGUAUGGGGAAAUAAAACUCCUGCCGCACUCCCAUACUCCUCACUGGCGCCAUCAUCUUUUUGGACUCAUUAUCCAAAACACGUGACCACACAGCAGGAAGAACAACAAAAUGGCAUCCGAACCUUGUGGGGUACAUAUUGUUCUAGAUUUUUAAUAAAUAAGUGACAUCUCGAGCUAAACCAAGAGAGUGCGGCACGU